GAUUGGUUGACUUCAAAAUUAAAGGUGGAAUGAUGAUAACAAAUUCAACUUAUUUACACUAGCUCAAUUCAGGGCUAGGUUAAGUUUAAUUUAUUUGUAAUUUUAAUGUAGAAUAUACUGUUUUAUUGAAAUAAAUUGUAUCAAAGAUGGAUCUACACAAGAUUGUAGAGCUGGGAAACCGAACGUUUGAAGAACUUAGUCCAGAAGAAAAAUUAAGGCUAGAACAUCAAAGAAUACAUGAACAACAUAAAGGCCAUGAGAAAAUGCACGCGGAAAUGAUUAUAGUUUUAAUUAUAACGUUAGUUGUUGCCCAAUUGUGCCUAAUUGAAUGGAAGAAGCGUCAUUAUAGGAGUUAUUCUCUAGUCACUUUAUUAGCCAUGUGGAUCCUACCGCUAGGGCUUUGUUUGAGAAGUCAUUGGUGGAGAUUCGUUUUUAUAUGGCUUCUAUUUUCAUGUAUAACUAGUCUUAUUGUUAGAAAAGCCAUUCAGAAGCCAAUAGAUAGGACCACACCGAGAUUAGUAUAUAAAUGGUUUUUACUUCUUCAUAAGUUAAGUUACGCUCUGGGCAUCUUAGGAUAUUUCGUAAUGAUGGCAACCUUUUUUGGACUGAAUUUUGUGUUCAACGCCCAGCCCAACAGUUGGAUGGACUGUGCGUUACUACUCAUCUUUUACGGACUGUAUUAUGGCGUACUAGGUAGAGAUAUAGCCGAAAUAUGCGCAGAUAAAAUGGCAGCCCAUAUUGGGUAUUAUUCACCUCAAGGAAUAAGUACAAGAAAUUUGGAUCCUUCAGUAUGUGCCGUAUGCGGUAAUAAAUUAUUGGUUAGCGAAGAUGAAGAAGGAGUCAUAGAAAAUACGUAUAAACUAAGUUGUGAACAUGUAUUCCACGAAUUCUGUAUACGCGGAUGGUGUAUAGUAGGCAAGAAGCAAACAUGUCCAUAUUGCAAAGAAAAAGUGGAUCUUAAGAAAAUGUUUUCCAAUCCAUGGGAAAAACCACACGUACUGUUCGGCCAGUUAUUGGACUGGAUCAGGUGGCUGGUCGCUUGGCAACCCGUAAUCGUUUUUCUAGUCCAAGGAAUCAAUUGGGCCUUAGGCUUGGAGUAGGUAGAGGCCGAGGCGCUUCAACGAAGAAACUGCAUCGUUUUGACUUGAUGAUUUUUUGUUACCUAUUUGUUGUGAUGUUAAAUUAUUUGAUAAUAAAAAAAUACCUGCUUAAGAUUA